UGUUGAAAAUACUGUGCAAAGUAAAUUAUCAGUACUUACUGCGUAGUGUUAAACUGAAGAGAAAAUAUUUUAAUAAACCUGUUGAGCAAAACUAGUAUAAUUUCUCUUAGAGUCCAAUAAAGUAUGCUUUUGUUGAUAUAUCUGAUCUCCAGUACAAGAUAAAGAACUUGUUUAAUAUUUAUUACAAUACUUUUUAAAAGAUGCAAAAUGUUUUAAAUUCCGGAAGUGAAAUAAAAUCAAUGUUGCAUAUUGGAUGACAUAACUUAUCAUUUGGAAAGAAAACCAUAUUGACUAAUUCAUGUGUAAAUUGACUUGCAAUUCAUUGAGUAAUUCAUGUGAAAAUGAUUAGAUACUGUCCAUAUAAACUUUGAGUACUGCGCCAUGGAUCUUGAUGAAAUUCUCCACGAUGUUGGAGAUUAUGGAAAGUACCAGAAACUGAUGCUAUGGUUUGUGCUUUUGCCUUCGCAUUUACCCUUUGGGACUCAUUAUUACAGUCAGAUAUUCAUGUCGUUGACACCUCAUCACUGGUGUCGUGGCGCAACUAGCACCGUUGACUUGAAUAUUACAUAUAAACCUUUGACAAUGUGGUCAAGAAGUGAUGAAAAUAAACUUAAUCCGAGUAUCGCUGAGUGUUACUCGUUCAGUAACAGAACUGCAAGCGACUCGAUGAAUAUAUCAACAGAAACAUUAUCUUGCAAAUACGGGUAUGCCUAUGAUAGAAGUGAGCUAUAUGAAGAUGAAUCAAUUGUUACUAUGUGGAAUCUAGUAUGUGAUAUGGCAUGGAUACCGUCAUUGAUACUAAGCAUAUUUUUCGUUGGAACUUUCAUAGGGCAAUGGCUAUAUAUUCUAGUCAUGAACAGGUAUGGUAGGAGGGUGAGUUUCUUUACGUUCCUGGCCAUCCAGUGCCUUUUUGGAGUUUUGACAGCUAUUGCUCCAGACUUUUUAUAUUUCACGAUUCUACGGUUUUUCGUUGGUAUCACUUCAUCUGCUGUUAUCUCUUCUCCUGUUGCAUUAGCACAAGAGUUGGUGGGUCCGGAGUACAGGAAUAAAGUAUCAGUGCUUAGCCAAUCCGCCCGAAGUUUAGGUUUCAUGGUUUUAUCAAUAAUGGCCUUUCUUGUGCGCGAUUGGUCGCAUAUCGCUUUGGUAACGACACUGCCAUUUUUUGCCUUGUUCCUUUAUUGGUGGGUAUUUCCAGAGUCACCUGACUGGUUGAAGGAGAUGGGACGAUAUGAAGAAGUUGGGAGAAUGUUUGAAGUCAUUGCCCAGGCAAACGGUAGAGAGCUGACUCCGGAAUACAUUAUCAAUAUGAAGAGACGUUUCAGAAUCGAGAAGUCUAUGGUAGAUGAAAGAAAGCGCAAUGGAACCGCCACUCGUUACAGCGUCUGGGACUUGUUUAGGGGAUCAAAUAUGUGCAAGAAAACAACUGCCAUCAUUUUUAUUUGGUUCACUUCGACCACUGCCAGUGUGGGUUUGAGUUUGUACUCUUUUGAACUGGAAGGAGAUUUAUAUUUGAAUUUCUUCGUAUCGGCGGGCGCAGAAGUAGCCGCAGCAGCCGUAGUUGUGGUGGCGGUUAGCUGGUGUGGACGAAGGUGCUCAUUCUGUCUCAGCUCUGCACUUGGCGGUGCCCUCACGUUAUCUAUAGCUAUCAUACAAGCAGGUUCUGCAUCCCGUUUAUCAAUGUUUGUGGUGGCGAAACUUAGCAUAUCUUCCUCAUCUGUUGUUCUGCCGUUAUGGACCAGCGAAUUAUUGCCUUUGGUUGUGAGAUCCAUUGGAAUGAGGAUGACGGAUUUGAUAGGUCUCAUGGGACCGAUUGCCCUCCCCUUUCUUUUUAAUCAGGGUCGAAAAUCUCCAGGAGUUCCCCUCCUCACACUAGGAUCAUUGCAAAUCGCUGGCGCUUUAGUGGCCUUACUUCUUCCUGAGACAAUCCACCAAAAGACGCUGCAAACCUUGAAAGAUGGUGAGGAAUUUGGAAAACACUCUACGUGGAAGGAUUGUUUUCGUAUAGGACCCCCAAGGCAAGAAGCAAAAAAUGGAAUAUUGAAAAACAGAGGCCCACAGCCGCAGUCCCCCAUUUUAAGCUUGCUCCGUAGACAGGAUAGCCUUCGAAGAACGAGUUCUGAAGGUGAGGCGGAUCAUUCUGAUCCUCAAUCAGAAAGUUCUACUGAUCAAGGACCUGUUGUAGAAGCGAUUAAAAUAACAGUAGUUUGAAAAUAAAGGAAGAAUAUCUCAUGCAAGAUUGGAAAACAUUAGCAAUGCAUCGACAUACAUAUUGUAAAAAAUUAUCAAUUAUUUGCGAAACUGAUAAGUAACACUCUUGUACAAUAAAAGUAGCGGAUGCUAUUGUGUACUUAAAGGAGAUAAUCCGAAUUGUUUGCAUCUAAGAGAAUCCAUUUUAUCUCAUUCAGAAACUAUUUCUAUUAUCUAAACACCUGCCAUGUAAUGAAAAUUAUUGUGAAAAUUGUUUCAUAUGAAGUUGUUAGAAUUUAAUCAAAUGUUA